AUGGACACCCCCAUAAGGAUCAACAAUCCUGCGGACAUCUCUGUUAUUGUCAUCUAUUUUUUGGUAGUCUUGGCAGUGGGACUAUGGAUCGGUGCUUCUCUGUUUGCCAGUAACAUUGGCAGUGGACAUUUUGUGGGAAUAGCAGGAACAGCAGCAGCUGGAGGAAUUGCCAUCGGAGGAUAUGAAUGGAAUGCUCUGGUAAUUGUGGUUAUUCUAGGAUGGCUGUUUGUACCCAUCUACAUCAAAGCCGGGGUGGUGACAAUGCCAGAGUAUCUGAAGAAGCGUUUUGGUGGGAAACGGAUUCAGGUCUACCUGUCCGUCCUUUCUCUGAUCCUGUAUAUUUUCACGAAGAUCUCAGCAGACAUAUUCUCUGGAGCUGUAUUUAUACAGCUGGCCAUAGGACUGAAUCUUUAUGUGGCCAUAAUUAUCCUCCUUGCUAUUACUGCUCUUUACACUAUCACAGGUGGCCUUGCAGCUGUGAUUUACACAGACACCUUACAAACUUUUAUCAUGGUAGUGGGAUCCUUCAUUCUCAUGGGAUUUG